AUGACAGAUUGUGACAUCUUCAACUACUCCAACUCUAGAUCCGAUGUGUAUGAAUUAAACGGCGACGUACGCAUCCACGGCGCCUCUUCCACCAUUUUCAUACCACCUUCAAACCACCUGACCUCCAUCAAAAUAAAACCCUACCCACGAAAAUACGACGCCGCCGCCAUGACCACCGUCUCCGCUUUCCAAAUCAAGGCAGACAAACUCCCUCAUUGCACCCAAACCCUCGCCGCCCCGGCCAUCCUCUUCUCGACCGGCGCACACGCCGGAAACCACUUCCACAGCAUCGCCGACGUGCUCGUCCCGCUCUUCGCCACCUCCCACCGCUUCAACCGCCACGUCAUCUUCCUCGUGACCAACCACGAUUCUCGCCUCACUUCCAAGCACACCAAAACCCUACAAAGACUCUCCAAAUACGACGUCGUCGACAUCGACGCGCAGAAUCAAACUCUGUGCUUCCCGGGAAUGAUCGUCGGCCUCAGAGCUGACACAACCGAUCUAUCCAUCGAUCCCUCCCCGUUUUCGAGCUUUUCCGCUCGAAACUUCACGAAGCUUCUACGCAGCGCCUACUCCUUGGAGAGGGAGUCCGUGCGCGGCCACUAUCGGCCUCGGAUGCUCAUCAUUUCCAGAGCCAGGUCGCGGCGGUUGAGCAACGAGGUCGAGGUGGUUGAGCUCGCUCGAAGCCUAGGGUUUGAGUGCGUGGCACAAGAUUUGAGAGGGGAAAUCGAGUCCGUCGCCAAAAUUGUCAACUCCGUGGACGUCAUGGUAGGAGUGCAUGGAGCUGGGCUGACCAACAUGGUUUUUCUGCCUGAGAAUGGCGUUGUGAUCCAAAUAACGCCGGUGGGGCUGCAUAAUUUCGCGAGGCAAUGCUACGGGUCGGCGGAGGAGGAGAUGAAGUUGAAGUAUUUGGAGUAUAAGGUGAGGCUGAACGAGAGCUCGUUGUUAGGGAAAUAUGGUGCCCAGAGUCAAUCAACGGGUUGGCCUUCAUGGGAUGAGCCAAAUCCGUACAAUUACGAUCGCCUAACAACUGAUCGUUGUUGGGGUCCAGCUGAUGAUCAAUAUACGUACGAGCCUCAGUUUGUGGAGAAUGCUGGUAAUGUAGAUGAAGAUUAUGUUCCAUCGUCUGAAGCCGAGACUGAUACAAGCGCCUCUGAAGACUUGUCGGAGCCAGAGAACGUGAGAAGGGCGGGGAUUGAAUAUGCAGGGUGGUAG